AUGAUACAAAAAUAAAAGGUAAUAUAUUUAUUUAUAUGGAAUACUGGGUCCUUCGUUUUCAAUCCUAUAUAUAUAUAUACGAAGCAGUUUUGGUCUUCUUCAACCAUGAUCUCAACCCAAACACACUCAACUCCUCCAUUAAUGUCCUCUUUAACAAAAAUCUAAAUUUCCUUCCUUCUCUUCUACUAAACAGCAUUGAAGGAGUAAACAAUUAUUUGAUAUUUUCAUUUGCUAUCAUGUUGAAGACAAACCUGGUCUUGUUCUUGUUGUUUUGUUCAUGGCUUUGGUCUGUUGAAGCUACUGUGUCUUACGACCAUAAAGCUAUAAUCAUUAAUGGCCGCAGAAGGAUUCUUAUUUCUGGCUCCAUUCAUUAUCCCAGAAGCACUCCUCAGAUGUGGCCUGAUCUUAUACAAAAUGCUAAAGAAGGAGGGUUAGAUGUCAUACAGACUUAUGUUUUUUGGAACGGACAUGAGCCCUCUCCUGGAAAUUAUUAUUUUGAAGACAGGUAUGAUCUUGUAAAGUUCAUCAAGUUGGUGCAUCAAGCUGGUCUGUAUGUUCAUCUCAGAAUAGGUCCUUAUAUUUGUGGUGAAUGGAAUUUUGGGGGUUUUCCUGUUUGGCUCAAAUACGUUCCUGGUAUUCAAUUCAGAACAGACAAUGGACCUUUCAAGGCACAAAUGCAAAAAUUUACAGAGAAAAUAGUCAACAUGAUGAAGGCAGAAAAGUUAUUUGAACCUCAAGGGGGUCCAAUAAUUAUGUCACAGAUAGAGAAUGAGUAUGGACCUAUUGAGUGGGAAAUUGGAGCACCGGGGAAAGCUUAUACAAAAUGGGCAGCACAAAUGGCAGUGGGUCUUGGCACUGGAGUCCCAUGGAUUAUGUGCAAGCAAGAGGAUGCUCCUGACCCAAUUAUUGACACUUGCAAUGGUUUCUAUUGUGAAAAUUUCAUGCCAAACGCCAACUACAAACCAAAAAUGUUUACAGAGGCCUGGACUGGCUGGUACACGGAAUUUGGCGGUCCAGUUCCUUAUAGACCUGCAGAAGACAUGGCUUACUCCGUUGCAAGGUUCAUUCAGAAUAGGGGAUCAUUCAUUAAUUAUUAUAUGUACCAUGGAGGAACAAAUUUUGGCAGAACUGCUGGAGGUCCUUUCAUUGCUACUAGCUAUGAUUACGAUGCCCCUCUUGAUGAGUAUGGACUAAGGAGGGAGCCAAAAUGGGGGCACUUGAGGGAUUUGCAUAAAACCAUCAAAUUAUGUGAACCAUCUUUAGUUUCUGUUGAUCCUAAAGUGACAUCGUUAGGAAGUAACCAAGAGGCUCAUGUGUUUUGGACAAAAACCUCUUGUGCUGCAUUCCUUGCUAACUACGAUCUGAAGUACUCAGUUAGAGUCACCUUUCAAAACCUGCCUUAUGACCUACCUCCUUGGUCUGUCAGCAUUCUUCCUGACUGCAAAACUGUAGUUUUCAACACUGCAAAGGUUGUUUCACAAGGCUCGCUAGCAAAGAUGAUUGCUGUCAACAGUGCAUUCUCUUGGCAGUCGUACAACGAAGAAACACCUUCCGCAAAUUAUGAUGCUGUAUUUACCAAAGAUGGGCUGUGGGAACAGAUAAGUGUCACCAGAGAUGCUACAGAUUACUUGUGGUAUAUGACAGAUGUGACAAUAGGUCCUGAUGAAGCAUUCUUGAAGAAUGGGCAAGAUCCCAUUUUGACAGUCAUGUCAGCAGGCCAUGCUUUGCAUGUUUUUGUGAAUGGUCAACUAUCAGGAACUGUAUAUGGACAAUUGGAAAAUCCCAAACUAGCCUUUAGUGGCAAGGUGAAACUGAGAGCAGGAGUCAACAAGGUUUCUUUACUAAGUAUCGCUGUUGGCCUUCCGAAUGUUGGCUUACACUUUGAAACAUGGAAUGCUGGGGUUCUGGGUCCAGUGACAUUGAAAGGGGUGAAUUCAGGAACAUGGGAUAUGUCAAAAUGGAAAUGGUCUUACAAGAUUGGUCUGAAAGGCGAAGCCUUGAGCCUUCAUACAGUUAGUGGCAGUUCGUCUGUUGAGUGGGUUGAAGGAUCAUUACUAGCUCAAAGACAACCCCUCAUUUGGUACAAGACUACUUUUAACGCACCAGUAGGUAAUGAUCCAUUAGCUUUAGAUAUGAACAGUAUGGGAAAAGGUCAGAUAUGGAUAAAUGGUCAAAGUAUUGGACGCCACUGGCCUGGAUAUAAAGCUCGUGGAAGUUGUGGUGCUUGCAACUAUGCUGGAAUAUAUGAUGAGAAAAAAUGUCAUAGUAACUGUGGAAAGGCUUCUCAGAGAUGGUACCAUGUUCCUCGCUCGUGGCUCAACCCAACUGCGAACCUAUUAGUUGUUUUUGAAGAAUGGGGUGGUGAUCCAACAAAGAUUUCUUUGGUGAAAAGAGUUGUGUAGUUAGUUUUCAGAAAGCUAAAAUGGGUAAAGGUUUAUAGUUUAACCCUAAUAAAUGAAGUCCCCAGUUAGGUCAAAUUUAGCACAGAAAAUAGUUUGGAAGAAUCCAAGUGACUUUUUGUCCUUAGGGGUGAUACAAGCUUAAACGAAGCAGAUUGCCCAGAAUUGCCAAAGGGAAUGGAUAUGGUAGAAUAUCACAACAUUUUUAUGUGCAGAGACAAGCUAUUGCUACACCUCCAUACCUCAUACAUUAGGCCAACUAGAAGAGUAUAGUUUUAAUAUAUAUACACACGCACACACACACACACAGUAUAUCUUGAUAAUUAUUAAGGAUAUACAUACCUCUAGCUAGCUGGGGUUCCAAUCUAAGUAUUCAGGGAAAAUAAACCUCAUGCCUUCUUAUUUGUAAGAACAAAUCAGGAAGUAUUAUUAAUAAAAACCAGCUUCUAAAUGGCAUUUUGUUUGUUUA